UGCACCUGACCCGCAUCAAGGUGAUGGUGGGAAUUUCCCUUUCCCGUGUGGAUCAGACUUGUAAGACUCAAAUUUCUUCCUGCAGAGGAUGCCUUUACUUUGAGGAAACCUAUUAAAUAGUUCUCCAUCCAAGUCGUCUUUUCCCGCGUCCCUUCAUCCUUCAGUCGGCUCCACCGCUGCUUUCCGCUCCCCCACCUCAGGGCGCACUAGGUGAGCCGUAGUAGGUACUCUCUCGGUCGCGAGUGGCCACGAAAACCCGGAAAGGUGGAAUACGUCCAUUGAAACUCCUGGGUGACUCCGGCGCUGGGCAUGCUCAGUGGGUGAGAGAAGGAAGCUUCUGCUCUGCAGCAGAGAGAGCUGGAGCUGAAAAGGUGGAGGAAGAGGAGGAGGAGGAAAGGGAGGAAGAGAAGUAGCCCGGGAGAAUAGGAGAACAGCCGCUGGCUGGCGGAGCAGCAGCCGCUCCACAGCUUGGGAGCCGGAGCCCAUCUAAAGUAUAGAAAGCAACAACUUCUAUUGUCCAAAGAUGGAAAAUAAUAUAACUACCAUUUCUCGGGAAGAAUUGGAAGACCUUCAAGAAGCAUUCAAUAAAAUAGAUACUGACAACAGUGGCUAUGUUAGUGAUUAUGAGCUUCAGGAUCUCUUUAAGGAAGCCAGACUUCCCCUGCCUGGCUACAAGGUGCGAGAGAUCGUGGAGAAAAUUCUAGCAGUGGCUGACAACAACAAAGAUGGCAAAAUCAACUUUGAAGAAUUUGUAUCUUUAAUGCAGGAAUUAAAAAGCAAACACAUCAGCAAAACAUUCAGAAAAAUCAUAAACAAGAGAGAAGGAAUUACUGCCAUUGGAGGAACCUCUGCUAUCUCCAGUGAGGGGACACAACAUUCUUAUGCAGAGGAAGAAAAAGUGGCCUUUGUUAACUGGAUAAACAAAGCCCUGGAGAAGGACCCUGACUGUAAGCAUCUAAUCCCUAUGGAUCCAACUGAUAACAGUCUUUUCAAAUCACUUGCAGAUGGUAUCCUUCUUUGCAAAAUGAUCAACUUCUCUGAACCAGAUACCAUUGAUGAAAGAGCCAUUAAUAAGAAGAAACUCACACCUUUCACUAUUUCUGAAAACUUAAAUCUAGCAUUGAAUUCAGCAUCAGCCAUCGGCUGUACUGUAAUCAAUAUUGGAGCCCAAGAUCUGAAGGAAGGCAAACCUCAUUUGGUUUUGGGACUUCUAUGGCAGAUCAUUAAAGCUGGUCUUUUUGCUGAUAUUGAGAUUUCCAGGAAUGAAGCCCUAAUUGCCUUACUAAAUGAGGGAGAAGAGCUAGAAGAACUCCUGAAGCUUUCUCCAGAAGACCUCUUGCUACGAUGGGUGAACUAUCAUCUGGCUAAAGCAGGAUGGCAGAAAAUCAGCAACUUUAGUGAAGAUAUUAAGGAUUCCAGGGCCUACUUUCAUCUGCUUAAUCAGAUUGCCCCCAAAGGAGACAAAGAUGAUGAACUUCCUAUUACCAUUGACCUAUCAGGAUUUAAUGAGACAAAUGAUAUGAAAAGAGCUACCCUGAUGCUUCAAGAAGCUGACAAACUAGGCUGUAGGCAAUUUGUUUCUCCUGCAGAUGUGGUUUCUGGAAAUCCUAAACUUAAUUUAGCUUUUGUAGCAAAUCUGUUUAACACAUAUCCAUGUCUGCACAGGCCUGACAAUAAUAACAUUGAUAUGAAUUUGUUCGAAGAUUUGACCCCUCCUAAUGUAGGAGAAAGCAAAGAAGAGAGAACAUUCCGAAACUGGAUGAAUUCUUUGGGUGUCAGUCCAUAUAUUCAUCAUUUGUACAGUGACCUUGCUGAUGCUUUAGUGAUCUUUCAGCUGUAUGAAAGGACCCGGGUCCCAGUAGAAUGGAGCCGUGUCAAUAAACCUCCUUAUCCUGCACUUGGUGUUAACAUGAAAAAGCUUGAAAAUUGUAACUAUGCAGUGCAACUUGGAAAGAACAAGGCCAAAUUCUCCCUAGUUGGGAUUGCUGGGCAGGACUUACAUGAAGGAAAUUCCACUCUUACUCUGGCAUUGCUAUGGCAGCUGAUGAGAAGAUAUACAUUGAAUGUACUAUCAGAUCUUGGAGAAGGUGAAAAAGUGACUGAUGAGAUUAUUAUUAAAUGGGUGAACAAAACUCUCGCAGAGGCAAAUAAAAAAAUUUCAAUUUCCAGCUUCAAGGAUAAAUCUAUUAGCACAAGUUUACCUGUAUUAGAUUUAAUAGAUGCCAUCGCCCCCAAUGCAAUUCGCAAAGAAAUGGUCAGGAGAGAAGACUUGUCUGAUGAAGAUAAGCUGAAUAAUGCUAAAUAUGCCAUUUCAGUUGCUCGGAAGAUUGGUGCCCGGAUAUAUGCCUUACCGGAUGAUCUGGUAGAAGUAAAGCCAAAGAUGGUCAUGACAGUGUUUGCCUGCUUAAUGGGGAAAGGACUGAACAAAAUAAAGUAAUGAAAUGUGUAAUUAAAAUCCUGCCAUGUUAAAACAUAUUGAAUGCCUCACAGUUUACAGAAUUUGAAGUCUAGUGGGUAUAAAACCAGAUUAUUUGUAUGCACAAUGGUUAUAUAUUCAUUUAUGAUACUUAGUAUCUUGUUUAUACUAGUUAGAAUUUGUCAGUCUUUUUUAGAUAACGUGAUUAAUUUAGUAAUUAAUUCUGACAUUAUAAAGUGUUCAUUACCAAACUUAUAUUUCUGUCAUUGAGCUAUUUUUUUCCCCUAAAAUACUAUUAAAUCACAAUUGGGUUGUUCUGUUUUGUAACAUAAAAAAGAUCAAUCUACUCAAUACAUUAUUUCAGAACCUGCUGGGGAAAAUGUGCUUGAUUUUUGUGUUAAUUUUAAUCAGAAAUAUAUUUAAAAUAAUUCUCUAUAAUUCAGCUUUUUCAUUUUUUCUUCCAAAUAUGAAAUAUGAUCAGCAAAUCAGCCCUAUCCUGUAAAUUUCUAGUGUCUAAAGUUGAAAGUAACAAAUAUUGCUCAUUAAAAAACUUUUUAUAUGAGAACCAAUUCUCAAAUAAACCCAAUAUUUUGCUCUCAUUUAAACAGCUAUAGUUUUUUUACCUAAAACUUAACCAAAACUGUACUGCUGUUACUUUCACAUUUAGUAGUUUGAUAAUGACAUUAAACAUAUGGCAUAUUAAAACAUAGCAAGAUAUCAUUAAUAGAGUGUAUAUUGUACAAAUUUGAAAUAUUUAGAGUUCUAAAAACAUAUGAGAAUUUGUCCAUUUAAUAAACAAAUAUUUCUUUGUGUCCAGUAACAUUCAGUUUUUUGACCUCUGGUCUAUGAAUGUUUUAGGAAUUCUAUUCACUUAAACUAACAACUGGUAACCUCCCUCUUCUUCCUGGGCUCUCUUUGUGACCAGACUUCAAAUAGUAAAUAGCUAGAUGUGCUGACCUUAUCUUGUACUGGUCAUAUCUCUGUUAGGAACCAAUGGAUGAUAUUCUCUCUGUAAAAAGUGAGUAAGAAUAAUAUUUAGUGUAUAAUACUUUGUGUUCUUUCAGUUGGAAUAGCAGUGUAGUGCAGUGACAAAAGAGCUAGAUUGAGAGCCUGGGGUCAAAUCCCAGUUCUACUGCUUACUAUUUUUUGCGUGACAAAUAUGGACCUCAGUUUUCUCAUCUUUGAGAUGAGAAUAUUGGAUAAGGUGACCUCUGACAUCCCUUUUCACGCUCUCUAAUCAAUAAUCCUAAAUUUGUUUCAGAUUGGGAAUGAAUGGUUAAUGCUGAUAUCUUUUGUGUACCAGUUAGGAUUGAAAUGUUAUGAAUACAGAGAAGAUAUGUUUCAAGCCAAUCCAUUUUUAUGGUUGGUUGCUACCACUUACAAUCCCAAAGUUUCCUCCUUUGACCUCUGACGCUGUGCCAUGUAACAAAAUAUCUAUCACUUGUAUUUCACAGGGAAUAAGUAGACUGGAUUUCUCUUCUGUAUUUACCACUGCUUAAAUUAUUAGGUGUCAGGGAAAAGGAAGAACAUCCAUUUCUUUGGAAAGGAAUAUUUGCAAAAAAAAAUUGUGAAUGUAAUCUUAAUGUAAUCUUCCUUUUCAAAAAAGACAUUUUGCCUUUAUUUUCUAUUGUAACUAGGUCAUUUCAAUGUCUAGAUUUAAAAGUGUUCUUACCCUUCAAUGAAAUCAUUUAAAAAUUUUCCCUUCUGAUUUUACAUUAUUAAAUUUAUAUGAAUUGUGACUUGAGGAUAUUUCCCCCUGACAAAAUGUAUUUAAUAAAGAUGUUAUAUAUG